GGCGCCAGACUUUCCCGCCCUCCCUCCAUCUUGGCGCAGCCAGCUUGACGCAGCGGAGCCUCAAACGGAGGCAGAGCGGAUCAAUCUGGAGCUUCGGCGGCUGAUUGGGAUCAUGCGGCAGCGCUGACCGCCGUGUCGAAAAUCUUCCUGCCAUUUCCAGUUUGAGUCCAACAGCUUGACGUCCCCCAUCCGCUCUCCAGUGUCCCCCAUCGGCCCCCAUUGGCCCCCAGCCUCCAGGCGUUAGACCAAUCCUGACCUGGAUGAGACGUCUCACCGGAUCCGACUAACUCCUGAUUCACCUCCUCCCUUCUCUCCCUUCCCCCCCCCCUUCCUCCUCCCUCCGUCCUCACCCCCCCGAUCUGAGUACUGACUCAAAGCAGUGUCCUGAUUGGCUGUCCUCCCCCCAGCACCGCUCCGCCCUCAGGUGGAUGAAUGAAGACUCCGUUUAAGAGCCCAGCGGCGCCGCGGCCCCGAGCGGAUGGGGGACAUUCAGGCGUCUCUGCAAACAUGAUGAAGAAGAAGAAUCCACACAAGAAGCAGAGGACCAGCGUCGGACCCAGUAAGACGUUGGUUCCGCCCAGGAGGAACAUUGUGGGCUGCCGGAUCCAGCACAUCUGGAAGGAGGGCAGUAAAUCGUCCCAGUGGAAGGGGACGGUUCUGGACCAGGUUCCGGUCAACCCGUCUCUCUACCUGAUCAAGUACGACGGCUUCGACUGCGUCUACGGCCUGGAGCUGUACGCCGACGAGCGCGUGGUCGGCCUGGAGGUUCUGCCCGACAGAGUGGCUCAGGCCCGGGUGAGCGACUCGCUGCUGGCGGAGACGAUGAUCGGGAAGGCAGUGGAGCACAUGUUUGAGACGGAGGACGGGCCGAAGGAGGAGUGGAGGGGGAUGGUUCUGGCCCGCGCCCCCAUCAUGACCACCUGGUUCUACAUCACCUACGAGAAGGACCCGGUUCUGUACAUGUACCAGCUGCUGGACGACUACAAGGAGGGCGACCUGCGCAUCAUGCCCGACUCCAACGAGAACGUGGCGGCGGAGCGGGAGCCGGGCGAGGUGGUGGACAGCCUGGUGGGGAAGCAGGUGGAGUACGCCAAGGAGGACGGCGGGAAGCGGUCGGGGAUGGUCAUCCACCAGGUGGAGGCCAAGCCCUCCGUCUACUUCAUCAAGUUCGACGACGACUUCCACAUCUACGUCUACGACCUGGUCAAGACGUCCUAAGGCCGGGGCGUCCAGACCGCAGCCGGACUCCGUAGCUCUUUGUUUCUAGAGACGCCUUAACGCGAAGGACGCGGCGCCAUCAGUCAUCGACUCUUCAACCGGACCAAACGGCUGGAACCCGUGUUGGGUUUCCAGAUUAUCGCGGCACAAGCAUCUGUCUUUACUAAGCUUCUCCUUCCUGUGACUCCAUCCGGAGGAACGUCUCGUUUCCUGACGGCCCUCUGGCCCUGGCGGGGCGUCUGAGCCCGACGGGCUGGGACAGCGUCGGGAACACGGAUCCGGACCGCUCUGCGAUGGGCAGAGAAAAGACAUUCCCUCUGAAAUUUGUGCCAAAUUGUUGAACUUUUCUAGAGCGUCACUCCAACCGGCUGGUUUCAGGGUUCCUGAAGCGUCACGUGAACAUCCGGAUUAUUCCGCAUUUAUACUGUAACGGUUUUCCACAUGCCCCGCCCCCUGUCUUCUAAAUGUGGACAAUCAUGACCUCAUAUCGGUAUAAACCCAGAUAACGGUGAAUCUUAGACCCUCUGGCGUUUUCAGGAUCUGCUUCUGGACCGAGGAACCUUCCAGAUUCCAGAGCCGACCCUGGAAGACGACAGAGAAGGUUUUCCCAACAAAUCCCUGGACUUCCUACGAGUCCCAUCCAGAGAUGAUCCGGAUCAACUGAUCCUGGAGUUCCCUGUAGAGUCUGUUGAUCCAAAUAUAAUCUGGAUCAAUGGAUCCUGGAGUUUCUGAUGGGGUUUGUUGGUCCAGAGAUGAUCUGGAUCAGUGGAUCCUGACGGAGUCGGUUGGUCCGGAUCAGUGGAUCCUGGGGUUCCUGUCGAUGACCCGAGUUGCUGCUGUUGUAGUUUACAGUGUUUUUCUUGUACAGUGAUCUUAUGUGGGACGUCUCGGUUCCUCCGUGUCGGUUUCGUUCCCAGUGGGUCCGGACUCGUGGACAGACUGGAUCUGUGGAUCGAGGCGCUCUGCAGCAUCCGGUCGGGUGUUUGAAGGAAGUCCUGCUCUUUUCUCUGAUGUAGCCCAUCUUCCUCCAACAGAAGCGCUAGCAGCCAUGUUGCCUGAUCCUCAUCUCAUGUGCCUGAAGGACGGAUCCAGACGUUCCUGCUGGCUGGGUUGGGAAGCGUCGCUCACGGCUCCGGCUUUCCUCUCUGUUGAAGCUUUUCCUGGUUUCAGGAUCUAGAUUUCUAAUCUGCUGAACGUCCAGUUCGUCCCAAAACCCAAAUGGUGUCCAGCGUCGCUUCUUCUUCUCCAGAUCUCCUCUGAACUAAAACACGGGUUUUAAUUUUGAUUCAAUGAAAAUCUGAAAAUACAGGAAUUCAAACGUUUUCUUUUUUUUGUUUAAAAUUCUAACUUUUUCCCUAAGAAUUUUGACUUUUUCUCUGAAUUCUCACUUUAAUCACAUUAUUCAGGUUUUUCCCCAGAAUUCUGACUUUAAUUUCUACCAGAAUUGCCUAAAUUGUUUUUGCGCCUUUCAGUCAAUCUUGUCUUAAAACUCGACUUAAACGACUUUGAAACCCAAAUUCUGAGAUUAUAGUCAGAAUCCCAGCUUUUCGUUUCAGUGGUUAUAAUUUUCUUGACAGAAAGCACAGGGACGUUUUGUUCAUGUUGAGAAACAAACUGCUGGUUGUAGAGCAGCUUGGAAACCUGGAGCUAAUCUGGUGGGAUGAGUGGAUUAACAUCAGGAUCUGGGGAUUAAAGUGGAUCUUUUUAACUAAUUGAAGUUGCAGAUGAUUUUUUUUCUAAGACUUGAUGUAUUGGAUCUUUAUAAAAACUGAUGUUCUGGAGUAAAGGAGCAGCUGAAUAAUCUCCUCUGUUGGGUUCAGGUCAGAUUAUUUCAGCUUUUUAUUUCCUGGAACUUAAAUGUACAUUCGGAGUUAUUUGUUAUUCUUUGGGAGUUUUUUAAGGAACAUGUCAGUUUUUUAAAGUUUUUCCUGACGGUUUCCAUUCAGGGCGACUGGAAUCUCGUUCCCACAGAUCAAAACCUUUUCAGGAAGCAUUGAUGGAUAAAUCUGGAUAAAUCGUGUCUUGGCUGAGGGGAUCGUUCUGUUUAAUUUCAGGAGUUUUUACUCCAGUUUCCAGAAUGUCUCAGCUUUCAUGAUUACAUUCAAAGUUACAUUUUGAUUCAUCACCUUUUUCAGAAUCACUUUCCACAUCAUAUUUUGUUCCAGAAUCAUGGAGUUUAGAGCAGGCGAUCAUUUUUUACUGUUUCUUGAAUACUUGAUGGUGCAGCGCCACCAUGUGGAGAACAGGUCGGUUUUAAACUGAUCCAGUCGCUCUGGAGGCACAAAUAUCAGCUACUGACUGAAACCGCAGAGGCUCUGCUGUGUGAGGCGUUAGUUUUCAGUUUUACGGUCCAGAUUCUAGAAAUCCAAAUACUUGUUUUGUAUUUCUAAAACAAUCACAGAUUUUUACUGUGAACAUUUUCUUCCAGAUUGUCAAAAAUGCACAUCAAAAUCAAGGCCAUAAUUUCAAAACUAGAGGUGGGACUCUACUAAAAUAUUUAAUGGCGUUAAUUAGAGGGACUGUCAUUAAUUAAUAAAACUACAUAUUGACAAAAUAAGCAACAUUUUCAAUUCAGAAACUUUUUUCUGCUGAAUAAACUGACAUCUGAGCUCCACAGCAAAUAUAGUUUUAUUCUGUUCAACCAUCAGAACGCUGAUAUUAGCGUUAGCCGCUACAUGGUUAGCACUGAGAUGCUACUUUAGCCUUAAAUAUCUUCACUCGUAUGCUAACUCCUUCUAACACAACAAUGGUCUAAUCCAGACUAAAUCUAAUCCCGACAGAAGCGCCUGUGUCCGCCACCACUGCUGCUAGCUUGUGCAUCAGUUUUAUAGGUGUACUAGAAAUGCGCAAAUACAAAGGUUCCUUCUGGAAUAUUUAUAUGUAAAAAAAUAAAAUUGUGUUAAAUUUUAAUCAAAAUCUUUUCUAUAUACUCAAAUUUUAUUUUAUUUUAUUACCCAUCUGGAUUUUCUAGAGAAUUCCUCUAACAGAUGCUACAUGUUGUAGUUUUAGGCAGAUGAAAUGUUGAUGGGAUUUAAGCAGCUCUUGAAACUGUAACUUUCCAGAACAUCGGGUCUGGAUAAAUCUGGAUCCAGAAAACAUCAGAUUUCCCAGGUGUUCACAUUUUCAGCUCCCCCAGAUUUAUUCGUCGUUUCCGGUUCUAGAGGGUAAAUGUAGAUUUAAAGCACCGCUCUGCUGCUCCACGAAGGUAAAUCAAGAUGAAUCUCCCCUGAUUCCGGUGACUCCAGGGUCGGAUUGAUGUGAUCCUCGUUAUUUUCCAGAAAACUCUGGAUCUGUUGUGUGAUUGGACGUGUGUGCUGUAGCGCCUCCUCUGUUCAGAUAGUGUUACUGCAUGCUGCUUUUCUCGCUCUGUGGAAACUGAUGUGUUGCAUGUUUGUAGGUUUCAGUUGUUCGGUUCUCUGUUGUGGCUUUUUGGUGCCUCUUGUUUCCUUUGGUUUGUUUUGUACCUUUAGCCCCCCCUGGUGGGCUGAAGAACUUAUGGGUUGUUGGAUAAAAUAAAAAUGAAGAAGAAAACCCAUCCCCGACCAGCGGAAUAGCAGGUUAGCAGGUGAACUUGUGAAGAUGUUGCAGAGGUGAUGGUGGCUGUAAAGUUGAUGUUUCAGAGUGCCAACUACAGAUGCCAGUGUUGUACAGCCGUGUAAAGCUCUAACUAUUUACAUGAAUAAAAACCUGUUUUUCAUACA